CGGAGGAAUCGAUACACCACACAGUGGGUAAGAAAACACACAAAUUUAUACACUUGGGCGCAAUUGGCUGUGUGUCGAAUUUUUAUGUCUCUCUUCAAGGCAACAUAACCUGAAUUCUACACAUAAAAUCCACUGCCGAGGCGCCCAAAGCUCAACGAUGACGGAUAAUCAGCGCCUGAAGGACGAAAUCAUCCGGCUGCAAGCAGAGCUCCAGGCAGCACAAGCAUCUACUUCACAAGCGCCGCCAGUCAGCGCGAUUAAUCGAGUUGGAAUCAAAAUCGGCCCUUUCUGGAAACGCGAUCCAGCUCUUUGGUUCGCCCAAGUGGAAGCUCAGUUCACUUUAGCUGGCAUCAUCCAGGAAGACACCCGGUAUUUCCAUGUUCUAUCAGCAAUUGAUUCGGAGAUACUUGCGUGCUGCUCGGAUAUAAUCCGGGAUCCGCCGGCAGUUGAUAAAUACACCACCGUCAAGGAAAGGAUCCUUAAGGAGUACAGCGUCAGCGAGCAAAACCGAAUACAGCAGCUCCUAAGAGGAUGUGAAUUAGGCGACCGCAAGCCAUCUCAGCUACUACGGGAAAUGCGAGAUCUAGCCAGAAACUUCAUUACGGACGAAAAAAUUCUGAAGUCCCUAUGGCUACAACAGCUUCCGGAAACAACACAAGCUGUGCUCAAAAUUUCCGAGGAAACUCUGCAGCUGUCACAACUAGCUGAACAGGCGGAUAAGCUUGCAGACAUCGCGAAAACUCGUUAUACAUCUUCUGCAGCUAUCGACGAAAGUAGGAGCAGCCAAUCUGAGUUGUCAGAGCUACGUGAACAAAUUUCAACAAAUUUCUUAUAAUUUUACAUUGUGUCAUGCAAAAAUCAACCGGUCAAUGAAAUUUAAACAGUGUAAAAUUAGAUCUGUUUGAUUUAAAAUUGAAUGCAAAUAUUUAACUUCUGCCUUUUUAUAUUUCGUUAGUUUGCACACAAAGUAAACAAGUCGAAAAAUUAUUCGGAAACAGGUCGAUCAAAGGCGUAGCUACUUACAACAGCACUUCUAGAGUCUUUUAAAGUCCAAGGUCAGAUUUUUGCGCUGAGGCUGAUAUACGGGCAGUUAUUAUCCGGAGAAACUUUUGUCAUUCAAGUGUCCAAGCGCUGACCGAAAGAUCAUGAUGUUCCUGAACCAUUUGAAGAUACUGACGCUG